AUGGCUCGUACUAAACAAACAGCCCGUAAGUCUACAGGAGGCAAGGCCCCAAGAAAACAGCUAGCUACCAAGGCAGCACGCAAGUCUGCACCAGCAACCGGAGGUGUUAAAAAACCACACAGAUACCGUCCGGGUACCGUAGCGCUCCGUGAGAUCCGUCGCUAUCAAAAAUCGACCGAACUCCUCAUCCGUAAGCUCCCGUUCCAGCGUUUGGUACGUGAGAUCGCCCAAGACUUCAAGACAGACUUGCGUUUCCAGUCGUCGGCAGUUUUGGCCCUCCAAGAAGCCAGCGAGGCCUACCUGGUCGGUUUAUUCGAAGACACCAACCUCUGUGCGAUCCACGCGAAGAGAGUCACAAUCAUGCCAAAAGACAUCCAGUUGGCCCGUCGCAUUCGAGGAGAACGUGCGUAA